CAUGCGUAUUAGUGAUACCGUCACUUUUCAGUAUCAACGGUAUCAACCAUAACCUGCUUAUUUAGCAACAAAUUUAUUACUUCGGUAUUUAUGCUUUACGAAUGUUCUUAUUCUUGCUUAAAUUUAAUGAUAAUAGUAAAUUAUCAUUAUUGACAAAGCAUCAAUAUCGUUAACUCGUAUCAAAUUGCCGAAAUGGAUUUGCUAAGAAACUUGUUAGAUUCAAAACCUAUUGUUGUUCCUAUGGGUGUUGUUAAUGGUCGGAUACAACAUUCCAUCACUAAUGACGAUCAAUCAAGUGAAGAAGAGCAGCAAGAAGAUGAACAAGCUUAUAUUGAAGAGUACAAAAAACAGGAAGAAGCUUUAUACGCUGCGAAUCAUUUAAAUUAUGGGGGUCUUUCUGAUAUUGAUGAUGAACCAGCUGGAGCUUCAGUUAACCAAACUAAAUCAGAUUUAGUUCAUGAAAUAUUCCAAAAAUACCCUUUCAUUCCCAAAAAUGAUUCUUCUCUUCCCAUUUCACAUUACAAAUCCGAGAUUAUUGAUUAUUUGAAUAACAAUGAAAUCUUGAUUAUUCACGGCCCCACAGGUUGUGGGAAAACAACCCAAGUCCCACAAUAUAUUUUAGAUCAUUGUCAAAGAAAAAAUGAGUAUUGUAACAUUGUGGUAACUCAACCUCGCCGUAUAGCAGCAAUUAGUGUAGCUAGAAGGGUUUGUGAUGAACGUGGUUGGCCACUAGGUGCAAUUUGCGGGUACCAAGUUGGUUUGGAAAAACAGCGUGGUGCUGACACAAUUCUUUCUUACGUUACAACAGGCGUUUUAUUACAAGCUUUAGUUAAAGCAAAAAAUCUUCAUAACUACACACAUAUAAUAAUAGAUGAGGUCCAUGAAAGAAGUCAAGAAAUGGAUUUCUUGUUAUUACUGAUUAGAAAGUAUCUUUACACAAAUUCAUUUAAAGUAAAGGUGAUUUUAAUGUCAGCUACUUUCGAUACAAUAAAAUUUCGAGAUUAUUUUAAACACACUGUUGGAGGUGAAACCACGCAAUAUCCGAUGUUACACAUAACGGAAAAAAGUAAAUACGACACCCAAAUUUAUUAUGUCGACCAAUUUGAGUUACUACAUCAGGUGCCAUCAAUGAAUAUUGAUGAUCCAAAGAUUCAUCCAAAUUUAUAUCAAAUGUUAGUUCCUUUAAUUCGAAUUUUUGAUAAAUUGGAUAGAGAUGGUAAUAUUGGAAGCGUUUUGGUGUUUUUACCAGGAAUAUUAGAAAUUGAGACGGCUUAUUCACAUUUAACUGAUCCUAAAUUACAAGUUCAUACAAUGGCAUCAGAAACUCAAUGGUAUAUUUUACCCUUACAUUCUUCAAUUACAAAUGAGGAACAAAGAAAAGUUUUUAUUCCAGCUAACCCAGGUUAUAGAAAAAUUAUAUUAUCUACUAAUAUUGCUGAAAGUUCUAUAACUGUUCCUGAUGUAGCUUAUGUGAUUGAUUUUUGUUUAACUAAAACAAUGGUGGUUAAUCCGAUUACAAAAUAUGAAAGUUUACAAUUGCAAUGGGCUUCUCAUAUAAAUUGCACUCAAAGAACAGGAAGAGUUGGACGUGUAAAUGAUGGUAGAGUUUAUAGAUUCGUUUCUAGAAACUUUUAUGACACUUAUUUAUCAAAAGAAAUAAUACCAGAAAUGCUUCGAGCACCACUCGAUAGAAUUGUUUUAAGUUCAAAACUUCUCGAAUUAAAUGAUCCACCAAAAGCUAUUUUAGCUUUGGCAAUCGAUCCACCGAAUUUAUCAAAUAUCCAAACGACAAUUUGGUAUCUAAAAGAAGUUGGCGCUUUAGCUUUAACAUGCAGGGGCGUUUCAACAAAUUGCGACGGAGAUUUAACAUAUUUAGGAAACGUUAUGGCCAAUUUACCUUUAUGCGUCAAUUUAUCAAAAUUAAUUUUUUUGGGACACAUGUUUUCUUGUUUAACAGAUUGUAUUGUAAUGGCUGCCGGUUGUUCAUUAUCAAACAUAUUUUCAACGCCGUUCCAUGAAAAAUUAUCAGCGUAUCAAAAUAUUUUACAAUGGGCCGAUGGAUCCAGUAGCGAUUUAAUCGCUUAUUUAAAUUUAUACAAAGUAUGGGAUAUGAAAAGAAAAAGUAAUGCAUUUAAUCAUGCCAAUAGCGAAAAAUCUUGGGCGAAAUCGAAUUAUAUAAAUUUAAGAUCAUUAAGGGAAUGGUCUAUUUUAGUGGAUGAAAUCACAAAACGUUGUGCACAAAUGGGUAUUAUGGAACCGAUAGGUGAAAGAACAAAUGUUAUAAGUAGUAGAGAAAAUGCUUUGUUUUUAAAGGUAUGUAUGGCGGGUGCUUUUUAUCCAAAUUAUUUCAAGAAGCCUGCACUGAAUGGAAACGAACGUGAAACUCAGGCAGUUCGUUUACUUGGUGGUAAAGAUCCAUUUAAAACAGUAUAUUUUACUAAUAUGGAUAAAACUCAACCAGGACCGUUGUACGCAAGGCGUAUCAAAGAGCUUUUUAAAUUUUGUAAAGGAACGACCGACGUUUCUUUCGAUCAGAGCUAUCGCGUUUAUGUACAAUUUAAUUUACCUACAACGAAUGAAAUGGAUUAUGGAGGUAAAGAUCCUAUCGCUUCAAUGCCAGGCAAAAUUUGCAAGGAGGUUUAUUGUGCUGUUAAAAGGCGACAGUUAAGAAUGAGCAAUGAAAUUAGAUGUUUGCCUGCUGUUGAGUCUUGGAAACGUGCUAAAGAAUUGGGGAUUACUGAAUCUUCUGGGAUAUGCUCUUUAGUUAAGAAGGCUUCUACUGGUGAAACGAUAUCUGUUUUACCAUCUUUAGGGAUACAGUACAUUAAAAUUACUAUUACUAUGUUUAUUGAUGCCGGUCAUUUUUGGGCUCACAACGUUGACAAUCAAACCGCUGCUGAAUUACAAAAUAUUCACAAGUUAUUAAAUGAAAUGGAAUUGGAACCGAUUACAAAUAAAUCCCAAUUAAAUACCACAGAUCUUUUUGCUUGUCAAUAUGACGACGAAUGUUUUUAUCGUUGUCGAAUAACUUCUAAUACUUAUUACUUAAACGAUUCGAAUAAUAACAUCCAAGUUCUAUUCGUCGAUUACGGCGAUAUACGUUUAGUUAAUUGGAAUAAAUUACGUUUUCUGCCUUUUGAUGCAAAAACACAACCUCCUCAAGCGAUGGAAUGUAUUUUAGCAGGAAUCCAGCCAUCGAUUAUUCUGAGUCCACGCGCUGUUUGGUCGACUCGUGCGAAUCAAGCUUCUGAAAGAUUUUUAAAAGAUGUUGAGGUUUAUGCAAAGGUUUAUUCGGUUGUUAGCGGUAUUGUUCACUUGGAGUUGUACAGAAAUUUACCGAAUGAAGACAACAUUGGAAGUUCAUUUAACGAUUGGUUAAUUCGCAAUCAUUACGCUAUGAAGGCUGAAGAAAGUUAUUUAUCGAAAGAAAAUCAUGCGAAACGCGAGUUAAUGCAAAAAGAAGAUAAUUGCUAUCAUUUUGAGGAACCGAUUUACGAAGAAGCUCAAGUUAUAGAUGUUGAACCACCACCUUUGGCUAAUUGUACAAGACAUUUUCAAUUAAGAGGUCCAUUUAGUCCUUUAGAAUAUACAAUCUAUCCGAUGUGUCGAGAUAGUAGAGAAAACAUAACAAUUGAAGGUUCUUCUGUAAAUUCUGUAAUGUUAGACACAGAUCCCCAAGACGUUCACGAUAGAUUAAUCGUUUCUGUUGCGGUUGGUGAAAAUACUACAUCGACAAAUUUAAGUUUACGUCACACCACGAUUAUGCCAAACAUUUUGGGAUUUCCUAUGUUAAUGGCUGUUUUAUUCUGCCCAAAAAUGGAACCAAAACCAUGCAAUGAUGGUACGCAAUUUGGCGCUGUUUUGUGUGGUUUAGGAGCUAACAAGUUGAGUGGUAAAGCCUUAUUUCCCGAACACGACAUAGAGGUUAUUUUAGACGCAGAAUUAUCUCAAGAUUUAUUAACUGAGAUCAACGAAAUGAGAUAUUGGAUGAAUAUGGCUGUUAAAACUAUUGAAUCGAUUGGUAAAAAAAUGCCACCAUCUGUUGAUAUUAUUCUUUGCCAACGUAAUUUAAAAUCUAAAUUAGAAAAUAUUUUGAAACAUCCGAAAGAAGCAAUUGUUCAAAAACCGAUAACUCAUUCAAAAGAGUGGGGUAAAUUCUCGUAUACAGGUGAAAUUUUAGAGGUUAGCGCUAAAAAUUUGCUUCAUAAUGAUAUCUGGCCAAUGCACUGGACGAUGGAGCUCAAAGAUAUGGAUAAAAAGAAUGUGGAAGUUUCGCAAAAUAUUGAAGAUCUUAAAAGUUUUGCUAAAGGAUAUAUCACCCCAAAAGAAAUCGAAUGUCAAGCUUGUGGUGUUAUUAUGUAUAGUAGUCCGGAAGUUGGAAUGCAUCUCAUUUCCGAAUCUCACGGAAAAAUUAUUAAACGAUUAGGUUUAUAAAAUCAUUGACGAUUCAAAAAAUUUUAUUUUUAUUAUUUAGUUUUUUAAUUAAGUUUUGUUUUUAAUGUAAUGAAUGUUACUUUAACUCUCUUUUUUAAUACCAUAAACGUUCUUUGUUUCUUUACAUAAAAUAUUUUUUUGUACUUUUAAAUAAAAAUAAAGCGUUAGUAAUAUAAA